AUGGCGCUGUGGGCAAAGGCCAGGCUGCGGAUGGCAGGGCCCUGGCUGUCCCUGCACAGGGCACGCCCACUGGGCACCAGAGCCGCUGCAGCGCCCAAGGCGGUGCUGCCCUUCGAAGCCAUGCCCCGGUGUCCUGGCAACAAGUGGAUGCGGAUGCUGCAGGUCUGGAAGGAGCAGGGCUCUGAGAACAUGCACUUGGACAUGCAUCAGACCUUCCAGGAGCUGGGGCCCAUUUUCAGGUACGACGUGGGAGGGAGACACAUGGUGUUCGUGAUGCUGCCCGAGGACGUGGAGAGGCUGCAGCAGGCGGACAGCCUUCACCCCCAGCGGAUGCUCCUGGAGCCCUGGCUGGCCUACCGACAGGCUCGCGGGCACAAGUGUGGCGUGUUCUUGCUCAACGGGCCCCAGUGGCGUUUGGACCGACUGCGGCUGAACCCAGACGUGCUCUCGCUGCCAGCCCUGCAGAAGUACACGCCCUUGGUGGAUGGCGUGGCCAGGGACUUCUCCCAGACCCUGAAGGCGAGGGUGCUGCAGAAUGCUCGGGGGAGUCUGACCCUGGACAUCGCUCCCAGCGUCUUCCGCUACACCAUCGAAGCCAGCACCUUAGUCCUUUACGGAGAGCGGCUUGGCCUUCUGACCCAGCAACCAAACCCUGACAGCCUGAACUUUAUCCACGCGCUGGAGGCCAUGUUCAAGUCCACCGUGCAGCUCAUGUUUGUGCCCCGGCGCCUGUCACGGUGGACGAGCAGCAGCAUGUGGAGGGAUCAUUUUGAGGCCUGGGACUACAUCUUCCAGUAUGCCAACAGAGCCAUCCAGAGAAUCUAUCAGGAGCUGGCCCUCGGCCACCCGUGGCACUACAGCGGCAUCGUGGCAGAGCUGCUGAUGCGAGCAGACAUGACCCUGGAUACCAUCAAGGCCAACACGAUCGACCUCACUGCUGGGAGUGUGGACACGCCCCUGCAGACAGCCUUCCCCUUGCUGAUGACUCUCUUUGAGCUGGCUCGGAACCCGGAGGUGCAGCAGGCCCUGCGCCAGGAGAGCCUGGUGGCUGAGGCCCGGAUCUCAGAAAAUCCCCAGAGGGCCACCACGGAGCUGCCUUUGUUGCGGGCGGCCCUCAAGGAGACCUUGAGGCUGCAGAGGGUGUCCGGGGUAUGGCCACAGCUGAGGACCCUGCAGGAUGCCCCUGUGCGCAGGCUCUACCCCGUGGGUAUCACUUUGGAGCGGCAAGUGAGCUCGGACCUGGUGCUGCAGAACUACCACAUCCCGGCCGGGGUGAGUGAGGCCCAGGAGCCCCGACAACCUUCACCCAGCGGCCAGGGGACAUCGGCCCCUUCCCACUGCCUGCAGACGCUGGUGAAGGUCCUACUCUAUUCCCUGGGUUGAAACCCCGCCGUGUUCGCCAGGCCCGAGAGCUAUCACCCCCAGCGCUGGCUGGACCGCCAGGGCUCUGGAAGCAGGUUCCCGCACCUGGCCUUUGGCUUUGGAGUUCGCCAGAGUGCAUGCGUGCUCUGA